GGGGGGGUGACGGACAUGAGAGAAGCAUGCCGGUGUGAGGAGGCGGCGGUCGGGGAUUUUGCAGUCCGGCGGUAUCCGAUGACGCGGGAAGAUGUGGCGGCGAAGGGGAGGCGCUACAGCACUGUGCUUCAGUGGCAACAGAAACAACCACGACAAGCGAUGACAACAAGAGGAGUUGUUGAGUUCAACGAAUCAUUGGAAACCGCAGCGCUGAACGACCACAAGAGCGAGGCGAUGGUGGAGUGGAGCUGCGUGGUACGGCGGCUUCUGGACAGAGCCGCCAACGGCAAGCACGUCGUCACCGGUCGCCCACAGGCCAGCCUCAGCCCGCACCACCCGAUUAGCCAUGGCGCUCGUGCCAUUGACCCUUACGGGGAGGAGGAGUCACGGCGUAUGGAGGCGUGCAUGUCGGCGGUACGUGCGUCUCCCGCUGCCGCCGCGGACACCGCGUGGGAAAGCCCGGACUCGUCGCCGGAGUGGCUGCAACACUUGUGCUCUACUCGAUACGUGUUCGUGCACUCCUUCGAGAACACCGGAGAGGCGGCGGUGAUGCGGUCACUCGCCUCGCACCCUUGGGUACGGGUACAUGGUGGACAGGGCGCCGUCGACGGCGAGGGCUCUUCGUUAACAUCGGUGUUUUCAUCACCGCGGGAGCGGGAGGGCAUGACGGAGACGGGUUUGUCGGAGCUGUGCGGAUGUUCGAAGGAAGGUUCAUCCGCCGCGGGGUGCUUGCGUUACUGCCCCGACCUUCAGCGGCGCCUCCUCGCACCAGAGGAGAUCAACGGGGCUAGGCGGAAGCUCGUGCAAGACUGGUUGCUCCGCGUCAACUUGAAGCCCAUGAAGCCGGCAGUGGUGCUCGUGGAGAGAGACACGGACAUGCUCGUUGCCUCCAAGCAGGGCCUCUUCCCCUUUGUUUCCACUUCAUUGCUCACGGUCAGGCACCCCAUCUGUACCACCGUCUUGGGAACUGGCGCCGCUGAUGGUAAAAGCCGGCGUAGCAUCCAUCCCAGUUGCCAUUCUCACAUGGUUCAUGGCAAAUGCGACGGCGGGGUUGGAUGUGACGCCGCGGCGGGGCUGCGUGAGUGGCGCGAGGUGUGGCGGCAGGUGCUUAUCGAACAGGUCCCUCGGACAAUUAACGGGACUAUCUGGGUAGUCAGGUUCGAAGACCUUCUGUCUCAAGCAGAAGACGCCGCUUCAGCGCUCUGGGCAGUCGUCGGCCUUCCUCCCAUCUCCCCCUACCCCCCUCCCGCCACCACCAAACCCGCCGUAAUCCCAAUCUCCAAGAAGCGACGCGAUCAACAACAACAACGACGACGGCUACAACACCAGACGCUGCCACAACAAGAGCAGCAACAGCAGCAGCUUGGUAGUGGAAGGCGGCGACUAAAGGGACGCGAACAACAACAACGACGACGACUACAACACCAGACGCUGCCACAACAAGAGCAGCAACAACGGCCGCUUGAUAGAUGGCGGCGGCGGCGGUUGAUCAUGGGGGACGCCAUGUCGAGAGCUUCGCCGGCCGUGCAAAACACGGCCAUCCCGAAAGGGUGUCGGCAGCGGAUUGGGGCCUGCGAGAAGGAUCCCGCCUGUGCAUUGGAACUUUUGCGGUCGGCGAACCUCCUCGACUUCUUCGGCUACGGGGGCGUCGGAGAAUUGCUCAACUCUCAGCGGUUUUUAUGGGGAAAGGAAGAACUGGAGUGGCUCGGAAAGCGCCUGGCCGCAGAGCCGAGCGAGCUGCUGGACGUACUCAACGGACGAGAACGAGGCGGAAGGUUCGAUUCCAAUUCCGACGACGAGCCCUCCGUAAUCCUGCCUCAGGCCCCCACGGCGUAACUUCGAAGGGAGAUGACGGCCCGUCCCUUUCGGUGACCGAAACUUCAGGACAGUAGUAGCCCUCGCAGGGAUUUUCUAGUUGUGAACAUGGAGGACAAAGCAUGCAAUCGGGAAAGUUGAGUUUGGGUUAGGGAUGGGGUCUGCGUACCACCCUCCCUGUUGAAUUUCCUAAUAUGCUUUGUUUUUCGCGAAGGUGGUCCCCUCGGGAAGGGGGGGGAGAGCCGAUGCUUCCUACUUUCGGAAGCUGCGUCGACUCGCGUUGCCAGAACGUAGAUUGUGACCGUUUGUCAGACUUCCUAUUGUUAACUGAACGUCUCUGUUCUUCUUGGCUGCGUCUCGCACAUUGCCAGAAAGAUUGUGACCGCUCGUCAGUUUUUGUCUUGUCAAGUGAAUCAACCUCUCGCUGGGUGGGUGUUAUAGACGCGGGUCUCGUUCUGUUGGUUUCGUGUUAGGCGCUGUCAACGCCCUAUUGACCGUCGUUAACGUUUUGUCACGGAAAGGGGCAUCGUGAUGCAUUGCCUGAGUGAACACAAUAUGUUGUUCCGUACAGUGAGGUGUGACGUCACAGAGGCUUGUCGUUGUGGAUGUCUCGUCGCGUUGUUGUGGUCUCGUGUUGGUCCUGCCGUGUCUUGCUUCCCCUGUCGGUGUCUGUGCGUGCGGCUUACCACCGUCGCGAAAUAUUCUUACCGAUCCAUCCCCCUGUUGUCCGAAGAAAACGAUCGGUGCCCGACUUCAAUCUGUGAGCGUUGCCUGUUGAUGGAUGACGUUUGAUCCCGUUUCUCCCUUGACCGGGCCUUUGCAUGUUCAUGUGCGGUGCAAGUUUUAUGGUCGCCUGUCCAUGGGUACUUGUGGCAUUCGAUGGCGACUUGGAGCCGAAAGUAUGCAUCUAUCCAUGGAAAAAGGCUUUUGGUGCGUGCGGUUGUGCAUGGUUACAGAUUGCCUGUUGAAAGCUUAAGUGUGCCGCAGGCAUCGGUUCAUGUGUUGCGUUUGGUUUAUUGGCCGUUAGUUUAUCACGCGGGACCUGCUGUAGUAGUUUUGUAGGAAUAGUAAUUGUUUCGAUUAUUUAUGUGUCCUCCUUUGGUACACCCGGCUUCCCCGGGGAUGCUUGUGUGGUGGUUGCUGUUGUGCACCAAUCGGCUGACCAAUAACAAGUCGUCAGUCACGUGGCAGAACGAGAAAACGCCAAUGUGCGUGUGGGUAGACGCAGCAGCUCUCUCUGCGUCCUUCGAACAUCUUUCCGAUUGUCGAUAUCAUCGAUGUUAUCGCAGCCGUCGUUCCCAUUUAUACAAGUUCAGGAUUUAGGUGCAGAGGCUCCCCCGUCAAUCCUUUCGCCUGGGAGGUUUCGAUGGCCUUGGACUGAUGUAGCUCGAUUUGGCGGGCGGCCACCAAGCUUUCCUGCCCGUAACUGAGUUCAGAAGAUUCGCCUUAAGCUUUUUGCCUCGUCUCGCGGGGCCGUGUUCCACGUGCCGGGGGCAUCGACAUUGCGUUAUUUAAUGGGUAUUUUGC